AUGGAUACCCUCCCAUCCAUGGGCAGCCUUUGGCUUUUCGGAACAAUACUUCUAGCUGGGACUGGAUUUUACUUCAUCACUGCUUGGGUAUUCAACAUAUCCCUUAUUCCCGGAGUGACCCUACGCGAUCGAAAACACUCAACAGCCCAAACGCCGCCUCGAUCCAUCUCUCCAGAUAGAAAGCCCACAAGCUCCAACACAUCCAACCAUGCUAUCACCCUACCACCCUCACGCAGACACACACUCAUUGACCUUGGGCACGAAAAAGUACCCUGGCGCGACGUGACCGAUGACGAAGUACGCAUGAAUCUCUUACCCAUGAGCGCCAACUAUCAAACAAGCCCGAGCAACAAGUAUACGCCUAUGGGAUUCUCAGUCAAGGAAAUCAAUGAUUUAGGAAACUUCCCCGACUAUGCAGCCCUGAGUGGCGUCCCACUUCCCAGUCCAUAUCCCGAAUUUGAUAUUGCCAAGGCAUUACCCCGGCCAUAUCGCCCUUUCCGAUGGUCCUAUCAUCAAACAAUGUCCCUCACGAAACUCGAAACAGACUGGUGGAUCGAACUCGAAAACACAUACACGAGCCGCAUCGCGCAACGCAAAGAGCUAUUCGCAAAGCAUGGCACAAAUGUAUUGAACGCCAUGCCCGGCUCCGAAUUAGCAUGCAAAGAAUUGAUGGAGAUGGUCUUGCAAUUCAUCUGCGCAAGAUAUCCCCAGUAUUUCACUCUGGUUGACGGACGCAUCUUGCAGAACAGGAUCCUCGGUACCGAGCAGGAUGUAACGGCAAAGCCUCCACUCGAGGUACUUCUGGACAAUGUGCCUGAGGACUUUGGAAUCAUGCUCCGCGAUGAAACCACUGGUUUUUAUUUUCUGCGUGCAGCCGUGAUAUGUUCGUCGUUGGGCUGGAAUGUGGCCUCUAAGGUGGGGAAGCAACUGCAUGAGAUUCAUGAGACUAUUCCCGACUAUAAGGAGAAGAUGCAGUUUUCCAUGGACCGGUUCUUCACGAAGAUGCCCACGGAGAAGCCAAUUCAGCGGGGGUCCUGGGGCCUCGAAGUGGGACAGCCUUUGUAUAUGCCCCCGGGUGAUCCUCAUGAAUUGGCGAGGCUGUCGCAAAGGGAGGACUUGACAAUCGAUGAAUGUCAUUUGCGGGUCGACUGGCAGACAUUAAGGCGUCUACCGCUCUCAGGUGCGGUCGUUUUCAACUUCAAGGCUCUGUUCACUCCUAUCAGGGAAUUCCGUGAUGAGCCUGGCGUGCCGGAGUUGUUGAUGAAGGUUCUUACUGAGGGAAAGAAGAGUAUAAUGGAUUACAAGGGUGUUUGGCAUGUGCAGCAUGUUGUGCUUCCGAAUUUGAGAGCAUGGGCUGAGGAACAGAAGGAGAAUGGGUUGGUCCAAAAGGACUGGGAGGUGGCUACCUUAGAUGACAGUCCAUGGUUCAAGGGCUGGCAAGAGAAGUGGCAUCGCCAGCAAGGAUUUUGA